AUGGAUGUUCAGAUCUCAUCGUCGCCGCCGCGCGGAACGAAACGCAAGGCUGAUGACUUCGAGCCACCACGUCGAAUCCGUGCCUUGCACCAAGAUGUGGUCAACAAGAUUGCCGCGGGCGAAAUCAUUGUUGCUCCAGUGCAUGCUCUGAAGGAGCUCAUUGAGAAUGCCGUCGAUGCCGGAUCUACCAGUCUCGAGAUCCUGAUCAAAGAAGGCGGCCUCAAGCUUCUCCAGAUCACCGACAACGGCUGCGGCAUCAACAAGGAUGACCUUCCCAUUCUUUGCGAGCGAUUCACCACAUCGAAGCUGAAGGCGUUCGAGGACCUCCAGGCCAUCGGUACGUACGGCUUUCGUGGCGAGGCUCUAGCGAGUAUCAGCCACAUCGCCCAUCUGUCAGUCACGACCAAGACAGCAGAAUCAAGCUGCGCUUGGAAGGCACAUUAUGCCAGUGGCAAACUGACUCCCGCGAAACCGGGCCAGAGCCCCGAUCCCAAAGCCUGCGCUGGAAGACAAGGCACACAGAUCACAGUCGAGGACCUUUUCUACAACGUUCCCACCCGUCGACGUGCCUUCCGCUCGGCAAGCGAGGAAUUCGCGAAGAUUGCAGAGCUAGUCGGCAAGUAUGCAGUCCAUUGUCAAAAUGUCGCUUUCUCUUGCAAGAAGCAUGGUGAAGGCGGUGCCGCCAUUGCUGUGCCUGCCAAUGCGAGCAUACGGGACCGCAUCCGUCUCACCCAGAGCAGCUCUGUUGCGAGUGACCUGAUCGACUUCCAGAUGACGAACGAGCAGUACGGCUUCAAGGCGGACGGUCUGGUCAGCAAUGCUAAUUACUCUGCCAAACGCACGUCUCUACUUCUGUUCAUCAACCACCGCUGUGUAGAGUCAUCGUCCAUCAAGAAGGCCGUGGAACAGACCUACACAGCAUUCUUGCCCAAAGGAGGCAAGCCUUUCAUCUACCUGAGUCUCGAGAUUGAUCCAGCACGAGUCGACGUCAAUGUCCAUCCAACAAAACGAGAGGUCAACUUCCUCAAUGAGGAGGAAAUCAUCGAGCUGGUCUGCGAGGCGAUUCGCACACGCCUGGGAAAGGUGGACACAAGCAGGACGUUCAUGACGCAGAGUCUGCUCAGCGGCGCAAAGACACCCAGCGUUUCCAAAUCCAACGAAGCUAUCACACCAUCGGGUGCACCUGCUGCUCAGCGGCCAUCUACUGCACAAGCCAGCGCACGUAGACCGCACGAGAACAACCUUGUCCGCACCGAUGCAAAGUCACGCAAGAUUACUGCCAUGCUGCCAAAUGCUCCGAGUGCUUCUUCGCCGUCGCGAGAACCAGCCUCGGAUGGUAUUGAAUACGAGUAUACGGACAAAGAGCCUACGAUCAUUCGGCUGACUACCAUCAAGGACCUUCGAGCCUCGGUGAGGGACAACAUGCACAACGAACUCAAUGAUACGUUCGCCAACCAUACCUUCGUUGGCAUAGCUGACGCGAGCAAGCGCAUUGCAGCUAUUCAGAGUGGGGUCAAACUUUUUCUCGUCGACUACGCUAUGAUCGCAGCAGAGUACUUCUAUCAGUUGGGUCUUACCGACUUUGCUAACUUCGGAGCUAUUCGCUUUAAUCCUCCUCUCGCCAUCAACGAGUUGCUGGAGAUCGGCGUCGCUCAAGCCAAAGCGAUGGAUUCGGACCACGUGGCUUUCGAAUGGGACGACGUUGUAUCUGCCGUACUAGACCAGCUGAUCUCCCGCAAGGACAUGCUGUUGGAGUACUUUGGCAUUGAGGUUACUGAAGAUGGGGAGCUGCUCACCAUUCCCCUUCUCGUCAAAGGCUACAUGCCCUCGAUGGCAAAACUGCCCAAUUUCCUUUUGCGACUAGGACCACACGUGGACUGGAGCGAUGAGAAAGGCUGUUUUCAGAGCUUCCUGAGAGAGCUAGCCAGUUUCUAUGCACCCGAAUCACUGCCUCCGGCUCCAGCAGAUGGCACUACUGAAGACAGCGACGUCGCCGAGAGACGAAGGCAUGUAGUUCGUGCCAUCGAGCACGUGCUGUUCCCCGCGUUCAAACAGCGACUGAUUGCCACAAGAAGCUUACUGAAGGGAACAGUCGAGGUGGCAAAUCUCAAGGGCCUCUACCGGGUCUUCGAGAGAUGCUGA